AUGAACUGGGCGUAUUUACAUGAGGAGAUGAUGGAGUACUUCAAAGGCAGACCUACUAGGGAUUCUACUGUAGAGAUCCAUGCCAAGGCAUGGCCAAGGUUUGCUCAAUCACCCUAUUUAGUAUCGGAAGGGUACGUACCUGGUAUUAUCGUGAAGCGUGGAUACGAUAGAAAGGUCAUUUUCAAGAAGUCGGAAAUUGAGGCGGUCGCCUUUGAUGAUGACCCUCAGGCUCAUAUCGACGUGCCAGUGACCCUAGUGGGCGUAUUUGGCUCCCACGCUCACCUAAAUCGAGCACAGAUCGAUCUUGCUAUGCCGACAAUUAAACUUCAAUGUGUUGGAGAGAAGAUACCUCCGCCUUUCCUCGUUGAUUGCAGUAAGCUCCGAAUGGAAGAGCCUUAUGGAGCUAUCACUCUACGAGAUAUCCAACAUCUACUCCCAGAGGAUGGCACGGCCAGGUUUCAUCCCUCCUACGACGUUGACGAGACGGAAAUCGUUCAUGCGUAUCGGCCAUAUUCGAUUCCUGAACAAGACAUUCCUGAGGACUACGUUGACCCCAAUUUUGUGAAACAGAAUAAGAAACGUGACCUCUUGAGUGAUGCAAAUAUGAAUCAGCAACAACUAUAUGAGUAUAUGAGACGAGUGCAAGCCCAGCAACAACAGCAGCGUGGUGGUAUGGGAGCGGUGACACAGCCAGGACCGGUGUCACCAGCUAUGGCAUUACAGCUCCUCAAUAGGCAACAGCAGAUGUAUACCCAACAGGCUGCUGCGUACAUGCCGCAAUCAGGAAUGAUGCCGGGCCCGGGCGGGGCGGCGGCUAGAAUGAUGAUGCCCUAUCCUAUGGGGAUGACCGUGAGAUGA